GAUCCUGGACCACCACCACCUUCACCAUUGAUGGGUUUGAAGCCGUUGCAGUUACUAGAGAUCAAAGCCAGGGGAAGAUUUGGUUGCGUAUGGAAAGCUCAGCUACUGAAUGAGUAUGUUGCAGUCAAAAUAUUCCCUAUCCAGGACAAACAGUCGUGGCAGAACGAAUAUGAAAUUUACAGUUUGCCUGGAAUGAAACACGACAAUAUUUUGCAGUUCAUUGGGGCAGAGAAGCGAGGCACUAGCAUUGAUGUUGAUCUCUGGUUAAUUACAGCCUUUCAUGAAAAGGGCUCCUUAACGGACUUUCUCAAGGCUAACGUGGUCUCUUGGAACGAGCUCUGUCACAUCGCUCAGACUAUGGCCAGAGGCCUGGCUUAUCUUCACGAGGAUAUACCGGGCCUGAAAGAUGGACACAAACCUGCCAUCUCACAUAGGGACAUCAAAAGCAAGAACGUGCUGCUGAAAAAUAAUCUUACAGCUUGUAUAGCUGAUUUUGGUCUAGCUUUAAAGUUUGAGGCUGGAAAGUCUGCCGGGGAUACACACGGACAGGUUGGAACGCGAAGGUAUAUGGCUCCCGAGGUACUAGAAGGUGCUAUAAACUUCCAAAGGGAUGCUUUUCUGAGAAUAGAUAUGUACGCCAUGGGAUUAGUCCUCUGGGAACUGGCAUCGCGCUGCACUGCCUCAGACGGCCCAGUAGAUGAGUACAUGUUGCCAUUUGAAGAAGAAAUUGGGCAGCAUCCCUCCCUCGAAGAUAUGCAGGAGGUUGUAGUCCACAAAAAGAAGAGACCUGUUUUAAGAGAGUGCUGGCAAAAACAUUCUGGGAUGGCGAUGCUCUGCGAAACGAUAGAGGAGUGCUGGGAUCACGACGCGGAAGCCAGGCUGUCAGCAGGUUGCGUAGAAGAGCGCAUUAUUCAGAUGCAAAAACUAACUAACAUUAUAACCACAGAGGACAUCGUGACUGUGGUCACAAUGGUGACAAACGUUGACUUUCCUCCCAAAGAAUCCAGUCUAUGAUAGUUGCACUGGUCAUGGACCUGACCGCCAGGACUCUGCACUGGAGCUGCUAAAGCGAACGGGACUGCUCGCGCCGUUCCUGUUUCUGCGUGAAGAAAGCACGGUAAGUCUCUCCGGAACAGCGCCAAGAGGUGUUUUUUCCUUUUUAUUUUCCCUCCUUCCUCCUCCCGAACGUGGAUCCGUGAGACUUUUUGCAUUCCCUGCUUACGCCUGAAGGACGCGCGUGACUGAGAAAACGCUAAACGCGCCGUUAAGGAACUUUAAAUGAAGAAUUACGGACGUGUGCCGGCUAAUCGAGCGUUUUAAAAACUGACAUCAGAUUUCUUAAUACUUGUCGAAAGAGACUAAUUCCUUUAAAUGAACUACUGUUAUUUUUUUUAAAUCAAACAUUU